CUAGUAUUGUGUAGGUUAGGUGUUGCAGUAUAGGCACACGUCACCUCUGCCAGCCUUUUCUAUAAUCGGAUUUUGGGGAGCGUGAGCGCGAAGAUCGGAACACUCCUCUGAUAUCCUUCAUUUCCACUGUUUCAACAAAACGACGCCCCGCUAACCGUUUCUCGUGAAUUCCAGUUACAGUGCGUGUGGUGCAUUGUUUCAUGCCAAGUGGAACUAUUCUUGGUAAGAUCCUAUAAGAGUUUCAGGUAAAUGGCUGAAGUUAGUAAGUUGAGGAACAAGUCUCAAGGUCGGAAGUCAUCACCAUGUCUUUUGUCUUGUGCAAGAAAAAAUCUGAAAGAUCUUACUGUAAAGAAGAGCUCUUCUAAAGCAUCGGAGAAGAAAGAUUGGAAAGAUAUAACCUGUUCUGUAUGUAUGGAGGUCCCCCACAAUGCCAUUCUCUUGCUUUGUUCGUCUUAUGACAAGGGUUGUCGCCCUUAUAUGUGUGCAACAAGUCAUCGCUAUUCAAACUGUUUUGAACAAUAUAAAAAAGCAUAUACUAAAGCAACAUCUGUUCAAAGUUUGCAGCUAGAAGCAAAUAAUUCAAAUCUUGAUUUAAGCACAGGUGAAUCUCAAGACAACACUAAAGUUCAUGAGCUUCUUUGCCCCCUUUGUCGCCGACAGGUGAAAGGUUGGACAGUGGUUGAAGCCGCAAGGAAGUCUCUGAAUGCCAAGAAAAGAAGUUGCAUGCAGGAUGACUGCUCUUUUGUGGGGAAUUACAAGGAGCUUAGGAAACAUGUUAAGUCUAAGCAUCCAUCUGCACGACCCCGAGAAGUGGACCCAAUAAGAGAAGAAAAAUGGAAGAGGUUUGAGUGUGAAAGAGAACGAAAUGAUGUUAUUAGCACAAUUUUAUCUUCAACGCCAGGGGCUAUGGUACUGGGGGAUUAUGUGCUGGAGCCAAAUGACCAUGCUUUUUAUAGUGAUGAGUAUGAUUCAGACGGUGAAUAUGUAGAGGAUGAUUUUUCUCAUACCUUUUAUAGUGAUGAGUAUGAUUCAGACGGUGAAUAUCUAGAGGAUAAUUUUUUCUCAGUUAGGUCCAUUGGCUUGGGGAGAACUCGUCACUUUUUGCCGAACAUUAGAUAUAAUCAGGAUCGUGCUGGAGAUUCUUUCGAUGUUGAUCGCUUUGGUUUUCAGAGUGUCGCAUCUGCAGGUUCUGCUGCUGUCUCUGGACGCAGACUCCACAGGAUACUGUUAGGAAGCUCUAGAAGAAGACGGAGGCAUAGGAUAGCAAAUGCAAGAAGGUAAAUUCAAAGACAAACUUGUAGGGAAGGAGCUGCACUUCUGCAAAUAGUAUGCCAGUGAUCUUGGCAUGGCUGGUUUUGUUGCUAUGCCGGAGCAAUUUUAUAAUUUAAUUGGCAGAGUAUGGCUGUUCAUCUCUAUCUAUAGAUUGAUAUGGCACCGUGACAUUCCCUGUUUUUAUAUAUUUUUUAAAAUAGACUGUACAAAAGGCAAUUAUAGAGUGCUCAUUGCCUCUGAAUUCUAGGUGUAGGAGAUCCAGCUCAUUAUGAUUGUUAGGUGCCCUAGGUUGGAUUGGUUUUUAUGCGGUCAGGCUCAGUGGUGAAUUGAACAGAAGGUUAGGGACAAGAUGUCCAAAUAAUUUCAUUUUGAACCGAUGCUUUAUUCUUCGAAUGAUGAUUUGCUUUAUGUA